AUGGAACCUCCCAAAGAAGACUUACUAGUAGUGACAGUGCACCACCAAGGCAAAGAGUACAGCUUCCAACUCCAAACAUCAGCAACACUACAAACGCUCUCCGCCCAAAUCGCAAACGAUCUAGACAUCCCACCAGAAAACCAGAAGCUCCUCAUAGCUCCAAAACCAGGAAUGCAAAAAGCGCCCUUCCAACCAACACCACUCACAACCCUCCCACUCACGAAUCCCAAAUUCAAAAUCACGCUCCUGGGCAGCUCAGCGCAAACGGUACAAACCCUCAACAAACAAGCCUCAGAAGAAAAGCGCCGCGCAGAAUCCCGCGCAACAGCCAUCGCUGCCGCGCGAGCCAAGCGCCCAAAUACAGCCUCAACACCCCGCGGCAUCCACACAAUCUCAAGCUCAAGCGCAAACUACACAUUCCACCGCCUCCUCCCACUCCCCUACCUCCCAAAUCCAGAGCGCGCCCUCCAAUUCCUAACGCGCCUCCGCGAUGACCCAGGCAUUCGUGCAGCGAUGGCCAAGCAUGAAUUUUCCGUCCCGCUCUUAACAGAGAUGAAUCCUGCCGAGCAUACGACCAGCGAGUCGCGCACUCUCGGUCUGAAUCGCAACAAAGGCGAAGUCAUCGAGCUGCGUCUGCGUACGGAUGCGUACGAUGGGUAUCGCGAUUACAGGACUAUUCGAAAGACGCUUUGCCAUGAGCUUGCCCAUUGUGUACAUUCGGAUCAUGAUAGGGCAUUUUGGGAUUUGACGGCGCUAAUCGAACGCGAGGUGGAGAGUUCUGAUUGGAAGUCUGGUGGGAAUCGACUUACUGAACAGGAAUUUUAUAAUCCGGGUGAUUGGGAGAGUGCAAGGGGUGAGGAGUUUGUUGAUGAGUGUGGUUGGACUGGUGGGGAGUUUGUGUUGGGUGGCUCUUCCACUGCUGGAGGGGGUCGAGGGGAUAUAAGGGAUACAAGGGAUGCUAGAGCCAGGGCUGCUGAGGAGAGGCUGAGGAAGGGGAGUCAGAAGGACGGGAGGGAUGAUGUUUGA